GGCUGUAGCUACGAGACGCGAGCAGGGGGCGUCCGCGCCCUCGGGCGGCGGCGUCGCCUCGGUCCUAGCAGCCGCCCCCGCCGCCCGCGCGCCGGGGCGCAGGUUUGGACUUCCCCAAAACUCAAAGGGACCAAGGCCACUUGCUAAUGCGACAAAAACCAGCUCCUUAAUCCCCACCCCAGUGACUUUUGCUGGGAGUAGAGUGGUGGGCCCAGCCAGCCUCCUCUCUCACCAAUGCCGCCCUUGGCAGGAUCUGAGGACCGGUGGCAGCCAUGCCUCCCCUUGCUCCAGCCACUCCUUCCUCCCUGCACUAACCAUCGUGGUGUGGAUACCUUCAAGAACCCUGAGAACUGAUUGUCUGACCUUGCUUCACACUCCUAGUAACAACUCCCCAAGAUGUCACUCGAGUGGCUAGUGGCCUGGAGCUGGUCACUGGAUGGCCUGAGGGACUGCAUCGCCACUGGCAUCCAGUCAGUGCGGGACUGCGAUACCACCGCCAUCGUCACUGUGGCCUGCCUGCUGGUCCUGUUUGUGUGGUACUGUUAUCACGUGGGCAGGGAGCAGCCCCGGCCCUACGUCUCCGUCAACUCCCUCAUACAGGCCGCCGACGCCAACGGGCUGCAGAACGGCUACGUGUACUGCCAGUCCCCCGAGUGUGUGCGCUGUACCCACAACGAGGGCCUCAAUCAGAAACUCUAUCACAACCUGCAGGAGUACGCCAAGCGCUACUCCUGGUCCGGCAUGGGCCGCAUCCACAAGGGGAUCCGAGAGCAGGGCCGCUACCUCAACAGCCGGCCCUCUAUCCAGAAGCCCGAGGUCUUCUUCCUUCCUGACCUCCCCACCACACCGUAUUUCUCCCGGGAUGCACAGAAACAUGACGUGGAACUGCUGGAACGAAACUUCCAGACCAUCCUGUGUGAGUUUGAGGCCCUCUACAAAGCUUUCUCAAACUGUAGCCUCCCCCAGGGCUGGAAAAUGAACAGUACCCCCAGCGGGGAGUGGUUCACCUAUUACCUGGUCAAUCAGGGAGUGUGUGUUCCCAGGAACUGCAGGAAGUGCCCACGGACGUACCGCUUGCUUGGAAGUCUUCGGACCUGUAUUGGGAAUAAUGUUUUUGGGAAUGCGUGCAUCUCCGUGCUGAGUCCUGGGACUGUGAUAACAGAGCACUAUGGACCCACCAACAUCCGCAUCCGAUGCCAUUUAGGUCUGAAAACUCCAAAUGGUUGUGAGCUGGUGGUGGGGGGAGAGCCCCAGUGUUGGGCAGAAGGUCGCUGCCUCCUCUUUGACGACUCUUUCCUGCACACCGCAUUCCAUGAAGGUUCAGCAGAGGACGGCCCAAGGGUAGUUUUCAUGGUGGAUUUGUGGCAUCCAAACGUCGCAGCAGCAGAACGGCAGGCCCUUGACUUCAUCUUUGCUCCAGGACGAUGAGAACGUUGCCCAUGUCAAAGUCGGCAAGAGGGGCUGAGGUGAGCUGGGCAGACUGUGCUACCAUCCAGCCUCCACCUGUGUUAGGAUUCCACACUCAGAAACCUGCCUCAUGGAAAGCUCUUUCUUGGGAUUUUUAUAUCCUGUUGGGUCCCUCUUUCCUUUGGUUAUUGUAAAUGGAAACUUCUCAGCUUCUAUUUCCUUAGGGUUUUUGUUGUUGUUGUUGUUCUCCUUCCAACCAUUUGCUUCUGAGAUUCCUUUCUGGCCUAAUAGUGCAUUCUUUUGACUCUGUGAUCAGAGACUCAGUGCCCCCUGUCGGUCUGUGUUACUUUGCUACUUGUUUUUCUUCAGUGCUGUGAAAUAGAGUAACCAAAUGGCUAUUUGUCUGAAUGUAAUAAUGUAGAAUUU